AAUGGACGGCCCAGGGACGAAGAAGCCCAUAAGGCCUCAGAAAAGAAAUACUCCGAGUAUCUGCAGAAAUCACAUCUGCUCUCUCAUCCUCCUCAACGCCGGGAACGGCGAAGCCUCAAGCACGGCGGCGGCGGCGGCGCCAGACGCUCGAGGUUCCCCGCCGACUGUCCUUCUCCUGUGAAUCCUGAUCCCCUCCCCAUCCCACCGGCGCCCGCGCCCUCGCUGCUCCCCGCUCCGCCGGCCAUCGUAUCUAGAAUGCACAGUCAUAACGCCGCAAUGGCCAUGGACGCCGCCGUCUCUGUCUCCCUCUUCCCUACUAUGGCUGGACACCCUCUCGCCAGAAGAACAAAGAAAGUUGAUGAUCUGGGAGUCAAAGUGGCACUGUCCAUGCUAAGAUUCUACAAAAGAGAGAUAUCACCUUUACUACCUUCAAGCUGCUGUUAUGUGCCAACAUGCAGCGAGUACUCUAUGCAGGCGUACAAAAGGUACAGGGUUGCAAAUGGUACAAUCUUGACAGCGUUGCAUCUGUGCCGUUGUAAUAAACAGGUGCAGCUUGACAAACCGAACAUGGUUUCUGGUACAGUGGUACUCAGUUACAGAUACACAAAUCAGAGCAACUGUGCCCAAGGAUCCAUUGAUAGUUGAAUCUAUGCCACGUUAGAACUGCUA